ACACGUAUUAGAUACAGCCAGACAGAUACACAUGAACAUCACGUACGAUCCGAAGGCCAGAUAAAAUAACUGCUCGAUCUGCCUCUUUUGGAAUUGUAUUUAUGAAAACAUGGAGGAAGGCAGUACCUGAAUUCCACUGAAGGAUGCAUGCAGUUGUGAGAGUGAGGUACAAAUACAUGGAUUGGAAUGAAUAACCAAGCUGGUAUGAGUGCUGCGAUGCAGCUGAAUGCAAACACUACACCACCGGCCAUGACUGAUGCGCUCAAACUCUCAGAGCCUUUAGCGGCUGGCAUGUGGACAGUCGCGCUGAUAAUCGUCUUCAUCAACGUGCUGCUCAUCAUCAUGGCCUGGCCAAGGAAGAAGGAAAACGGCGUCAAUAGUUUCUACUUGUACUACCUGCUGCUGUGUAACCUCCUGACGGCAGUGUUUGUGCUGCUGCUGGCUUCUAUCAACAACGGCAUCAAGGAGAGCAAAGGUGCAGAUGAGAAAUACCGUUUGCUGUGCUCUCUCUGUGGCUAUGUUGGGGUGGCAGCUUGCCUGCUGUCGCUAUCGGCGAUGCUCACCACAGCAACCAACCUCCUCCUUUGGCUCCUGUUUCCACGGUGCUUCAAGCAGGGCAAGAACUACCUGCCCAAGAUGCGCGGCAUAGCUCUCAUAGAAGGCCUGAUUAUUUUGGUCGUCAUUACCGUGCCGUUUCUCCCCUUUGAUGCCUUUGAGGCUGGGCAGGCCCGCUCUCGCUACACAUUAUGUCUUCCCUUGCAUCAAACCUGGCUGCCUAUGUGGGAGCUCACCUUGGUGCUGUACAUCGUGGAAUCCCUUGGGGUCUUCACGCUCUUCCUUUUGUUCGCCGUUACGUUCUGCCACCUCAGCCGUCAGCGGAACGUGCUGGUGUCGGCCAUUCCGAUGGAAGCCCGAGUCCAGCGAAAAAAUUCACUCCUUGUCAAGCGGCAGUGCUGCUUCAUUCUGGGCACCGUAUUGUUCUGGAUCCCACCACUGCUGACCCUACUGUGCAUGUUUGCAGGAGUUCAGGUGUCAGACUCUGUACUGCAGUGGAUGUUUGGCGUGGUUCAGCCCUUCGGGAGCAUCUUCGGACCCUUUCUCUAUCUGCUGAGGGUUAGCUGUAAAAACUACACUUUCUCAUCUUGCUUGAAAGGAACAAGGAGCAAAGUUGCCAAAACAAAAGACGCAGUGCAGUUGCGAAUCGGUCAGUUGACUGGAGCCAUAACCAUGCCAGAGAAGAUGGAUGCAUACAGGGUACCAAACGGCAACCACACUCCGUCCGUCGACAGUCUGCCAAUGCCCCAACAAAAAAGUGGCAAACGUGUCAAUGCGCCGUCAGUCGUGCAUUGGGUGGAGACAGUCCCAAUCAUCGGGCGCCACAUGAACAUGAAUUUUGGAAUAGUCGAGUGGCAAUCUAAGAACGGUUCCCCGCGCCGGGGACUACUCAAGAUCUUCACCAAGCCCCACUCGCGGGAGUGGCGCAACGAGUCUGGUAUCCUGUACCGCCUGAGCCGGCUGGAGCACCACCGCAACAUUGUGGAGUACCUGUGGCACUCCAAGAGUUCCCAGACCAAGCUGGACCGGGGCCAGACUGAUCCAGCCCCGCCUGAUCCAGAAAAGCCGAGCAUUCAGAGGUUCAUCUGCACAGCCUAUUACCAGCACGGCACCCUGCGUGAUUUCUUACACAGUCACCCUCGUACCAUCCAAGAGAGCCACGUCCACGCCAUCGCUACGCAGGUCUCGGCCGGUAUGGCUUACCUCCACGCCAUGAGCAUUGUCCACGGUCUGAUGGAGACCACCAGCGUUCUGAUCGGCGGACGUAUUGAGACCAUGGCCAUCAAAGUUGUCAUCGCCAACUUCUCCAGGGCUGUUGACCUGACUCGAAGGCCACCCUCAGAUGUCGACAGGAGCUCGCAGAAAGAUGACGCUGUCAGUAACGCUUCAAGCAACACCGUAGUGGCCAACGUGCCAGGAUCCACCGUGAAUCAAGAAACGAUAACCACAGCUCAGCCUCAGGUGCCAGAGAAGGCUCCUUUCACAGGAGAUGUACGAUCCUUCGCGCUGCUUCUGCUGGAGAUGAUGGCCUGGCUGAAAAUGAUACGCAUACCUGAGGACGGGCUGGCUAUCAAGACCAAGGCCUGGACGUUGGACCGCAAGCCCAACCGAGGUGUCACCCGCGGCUGGACUCUGGCCCCCGCCGACACCAAGGCCUGGACUGCCGACAUGUGCCACGUCAACUUGAACAGGAAUGCCAGUGGCUCCAUGGAUUCCUGUGGCAGCAGCAACAUCAACAGCAGCACAGAUGACGGGCUGGCAGAUGCACCCACGAUGCACUGCUGGGAGAACACUGUCGUCGACUGUGCCCUAAGGGAUGGCUACCGGUGCCCCUCCCCUGAAAAGUUCCGGUUCCCUGCACCUGACAAUCCCUCCUGGGAGGAGAUUGGUACAUAUCCCAGGAGGACCAAACAGAUCAAGGCCUACCGCAUUGGAGAGUUCUCUAGCGACCGCACGUUAGAGAGCCAUCCCAGUAAGGUUGGCAAGUUCCAAGGCUCUUCUGAUUCUUCUGGCGGAGGCUCCAAGAAGGAUCUGGGCAAUGGGCCAACGUCCAAAGAGGAAGCCAAGACAAGCUUGGCCAACAUGACAGAGGAUGGGAGCUGUUGUAUCGUCAACCCUUACUUUGACAUGAUGGCAUCAGACGAUGAGCUUACUUCACAAGAAAAACCACAUUCCUCUAAAGAAGUCCCUCAUGCACCAUCAGGGAGAACAGUGACUGGCUCAGAAAAUGUGGAAAAGGAAGAAAGCCAAAGAAAUCCAGGAGCAAAGGAACAGAAUGGCAAAUCAGGAAGGAACAAUUGUAGUCAAGGGGUUGAUGAAUCCCAUUGCUCGAAAAGAGACAGCAUGUGCAGUCUGGAUAGUGGCAUAUCAUCACAUCAGAGUUCCAUGCGCAGCAGCAGCAGUGAUAAAAUGAACAGGAGGGCUGACAGUGUGUCCUCAGGGAUUAAGACAAAAUCCAACAGCCUGAUGAUGAAGCGACAGAGGAUGAUACAUCAGUCAGAUCUCCAGUGUACCUUUGAGACAUGCCCUGAGAACGCCAAUGACACCUGCUUGACUAGCAAGGGUAACGCGCAUCUGCAACCAGGACAGAAUGUAGAGACUUGGGUGGAGAAUCAUGCCUCCCAGAAUGGCCAUCAUAGAUCUGGUGUGGUGCCAGACAGGACCAGCAGGGCCAAGCCAAGAGUCCCAGAGACCCUUCAAGAGAUAGAAUGUCUGGACGUGUCUCCCGGAAAAGACACCGUCAUACACACCACAGCACAGAUGCAUAACACCAACCUGAAGGAAGCCCAUGAUCAGCUGAGUAGGACAGAGUCUAACGAUGAAACCAAUGGUGACAAGUGCAAUAGCAAAUCACAAGUAACUGUAGCAAGAUCAGCUAGUUCCCUCUCGCAGUUUUACGUCCGUAAGAGGGCCCCAAGGCCCCACAAUAUCACAAUAGUCCCUGGGAGCACCUCCACCCUUCCUACAAACCUCCAGAGGAGAACCAUCCAUGCUCCAGACAGUCCUAGACUGAUGGGCAUGUGCCGGGGGCGACCUAGCUCCUGCCAUGGCCAGGUGGCAGCCAACAAGAGCAACUCUUUGGACUCAGGCUCAUCUCACGGUCAGGAUUCGGUGGACAGUUGUCCCCAGUGCUCACCGGGAAACCCGCCUUCAAGUGCCACCUUGUCAAUGAAGUCUAGAAGCUUGGAGGAUUCCUGUCUAUCUCAGACAUCUGUCUCUUCCCCUAAGACGUUUGUUGGUCUUUCUGAGCCCUCAUCAUCGCCAGGCAUUCCAAUGAUGCGCAAGCUCCACCGUCAGGACGCCAUUUUGGAGUCCAUCAAUGAGCUGUCCUCUCGCGUCAUCAACCAUCACCCGUCCCGCAGCUUCGAGGACAAGCUCCAGUCCAAUCACAAGAGGUCGAGCCGCCUCAAGGCGGGACCCGGUGCAAAGCGAAUCCCCGUGACCGGAAUCAACCAGCAACAUGUCAACUUCUGCCAGGAGUUGCAAGCAUUGCUUCCCUGCCUACCCAAAGUGGUGCUGGGUUUCUGGUGGAAGCAGCAAGGAUGCGGACAGGCUGUGCUACAGUGGAUUGACUCACUGAAGGACUAUGAUGGAUGCCUUUACACUCAGUUGAUUGGCAUUCUGGAAUCAUGUUGGGGGAAAGAGCCAGCACUUCCAUCAUCCCAGGUUCACCUCAUGCUGGAUAACUGCCUCACAGAAGUGGCGCUCUAACUGCACAGCAGCAUUCCAUUCUGACUUAUUAGGCCGGUACAUACUUCAUGCGAGUGUGAAUACGAUGCGAAUUUGACGUCACUGAGCAUUUGCUGCGAAAUUCGCGGGAGUUGAAAUGUGUUCAAUUUUUGCGAAUUCACAGUGUGAAAAGUUGCCAAUUUUUGAAAUUUCUUUGAAAUGUUGCAAAUUUUUGCAAAUUCACAGUGUGAAAAGUCACAAAUUCAUGUUUGCGUUCGCACCGAGUAUCAUGAACCGGCCUUUACUCGUACAUUUUCAUAUACACGUAGAGGCAGUUUCAAACCCACUUACCCCUCUUUCCAAGGGCACUGGUGAUUUCUAAUACCUUUAAACUUGCAUUGGACAGAUUAUGUUUACCCUUUAACCUGUGCCAACAUGUUUGAGCAAUCAUUGGACAGAUUUUGAAUAUACAUGACCCCAGUUCAACACUUCCAUGUGUGCGGAUUACACUAAUGUUCAGGGAUUGGAGGUACAUUGAUCAUGGCCAGACAGUGACAUGUGAGGAAUGCCUUUAAUUGUCACAAUUCAAGUUCUUAUUUGACACCGAUGUUGACUUGAUUUCAGAGCAGAAGAAAACUCGCCCAUCAACCAACUACAUUGUAAUUCUCCAAAAAUAUAUUCACAUGUAUAAAUAUCAAAGAUAUUAUGUAUACAAACACAUUUGAAGCAUUUAAAGUGGAUUUUGAGAUCAGCGUCCUCAAUUUUGGGGGCCGAGAUCUGUGUCAAAUAAUGGUGGGUAAAUAUUCAAUAUAAAACAGUAAUCAUGUUAUAUCAUCUGAGUAUAGUACUGUAUCUAACCUGAGGCAUUAAAAAGUAUUACAGUAUCUACAUCUGUAUGGAACUUGUACUAUGUAAAUACUAUGCAUUACAUUUAUAAAAGCAAACUGUUCAUGCAUUGAGCCAAUGAACUAUUGACCCUAUCAAUGGCUUAAAGGCAUGUAUAUGCACACUUUUUAAAUUUUGCUAUACUUAUUAAAUACUCAGAAGAUUACCCAUCUACUUGGACUUCAACGUCAAAUAUAUUAUUGAUGAGAAUAAUAUACCCUAGUGCUGAUUUAGGGAUUGUACAUGAGAGGGUGUAAUUCAGAAUAUAAAACAGCAAACUAUUGAAUCAGAAGCACUGGCAACAGAAUCCAGGCGACCAAAAAUUGUGCACCAGUUUUCACUUUUUUUCCUCAAAAGGUGGAGAAGCUACUGAGCCCAAACUGGUUAGCUAAUUGUCAUGCAGCCUAGUACUAGUCUAGAUUUUUGAACAAAUGUGUUUGUUUUUUGGCUUUGAAAGAACAAAACAAGACAUAAAAGCAAAUAAUCCUACA